AUGGUACCGGUUGACCCAAGGAAAGACGUAAUUCAAGCACUGGUAAUUGUACCUACAAGAGAGUUAGCGCUACAAACAUCACAGAUUUGUAUUGAGCUUGCAAAACACAUGGAUAUAAAAGUUAUGGUUACUACUGGAGGAACCAACUUACGGGAUGACAUUAUGAGGAUUUAUCAAAAAGUACAAGUAAUAAUCGCAACGCCAGGAAGGAUCCUUGAUCUGAUGGAUAAGAACGUGGCAAAUAUGGAACAUUGUAAAAUUCUAGUUUUGGAUGAAGCAGACAAGCUGCUGUCACAAGACUUUAAAGGAAUGUUGGAUCAUGUAAUAUCGAGAUUACCACACGAACGUCAGAUUUUACUCUAUUCAGCUACGUUUCCUCUGACUGUGAAACAAUUUAUGGAGAAACACUUGAGAGAUCCAUAUGAGAUUAAUUUAAUGGAAGAGUUGACUUUAAAAGGCGUAACACAAUAUUACGCUUUUGUACAGGAACGACAGAAAGUUCACUGCCUUAACACGCUAUUCUCCAAACACGACGGGGCACCUCGUGAGAAUUCGGGUGUCAGGGGUGCUUCCGUAGUAGCGGCGGUGGUCGGUGAUGUGAGUGGUGGCGGUGGCCCGGUGGUAGCGGUGGUAGUGUCGUCGCUAGUGGUAGUGGUGCGGUUACAGUCGAUACGACGUGGCGGAGGCACCGAGGAACUUCUCGUCGGGAAACGACGCGAGUGA